UAUAAUGUGCGUCCUGCGGCCUUGCAGAAUUAUUUUGACGAUGAGAUAUUAUUGACGAAGAGAUAUUAUUAAACCAGUUAAAUCAUCGAAUAAAACUUGAUUAAUAGUAACCAAUCAAAACUGUCACAGUAGUCUUCCUUGAAAGCUUGUCAGUCAUUUUGCAAAUUUUCUAAUUUUAUCACUGAAUUCUGGAUUUUUGGUAUGCCGCUACGGUCGGUAGAUUUUGAAGUUUGGGGUCGUGUACAAGGAGUCUUUUUCAGAAAGUAUACUCAAAAAGAAGCUACUAAGUUAGGAUUAAAAGGAUGGUGCAUGAACACUAAAGAUCUCACUGUGAAGGGUGUAUUGGAAGGUGAACCGGAAUCAAUUAAUAAAAUGAAAGAUUGGUUAGAGAAAGUAGGAAGUCCUAGUAGUGAGAUUUCAAAAGCUGCUUUCCAAAACGAACAUGAAAUACCCGAACACACGUAUUAUGACUUUUCAAUUAAACGAUAAUAAAUUGUAGUAAUUAAUGUAUCAAGCAGUAUUUUUAUUAAACAAAUAG